AUGGCAGAUAGACGAGCUUUUGCCCUUGGCAGUGGCAGUGUUUGUAACAUAUUUGCUUUCGGUGAGCUACCAGCAUCUUCCCCAUCUUCACUACCUGAACGCAGCCGUUGGUCCAGCAAGACGGAUCUCUUGUGCAGCAUGCGCAGAGUGGCCAGCAGCCCCGGCUUUGAGCUGAAUGGGAUCAAUCAUAAUCUUCUGCAAGCAGGGAGUAACCUCAAGGAUGCCAGCAAGGCGAUUGCGGAACCGUUCCUCUUCCCUCGUGCCGUUGUGCGGCCGGCACCUCCUAGCUUGUGGCAAAGCCAACCGCUGAUCCACGUGUCAGAAGAAAGGCACUGGUCGCAGCUGGAGCAGAUCUCUGAGAGCUUGCACCAGGAGCUCAAGUCUUUCCUCCAGAUCUUUUCCAUCCGCUUGGAGUCGCAGGAGGCGGCGCUCUCCGAGGCGACCCGGGAAGUGAGGAGAUCCUCGGACCGAGCCGCUGGGCUGACCUUCAGAAAAGGUUCGACACUUUCCUGGAGCAGGAGAGCGAACGUGCUCACUUGA